AUGGGGAAACCGCUGAUCUACGAGAUACUGGAGAAGCCGGCGAGCAGCAGCGUCAUCGGCAUCUGCUCUCUGAUCUGGUGGCUCAUCCAGAAGCGGGGCAUCGGGUACGCGGACGUCGGGCUGAGCUACGAGGCCACCGUGGACGGCGGGCAGUACUGGCGGAUCAUCACCUCCGCCUUCUCGCACAUCAGCGUGGUCCACCUGGUGUUCAACAUGAGCGCGCUGUGGAGCCUCGGCGUCGUCGAGCAGCUGGGGCAGAUCGGGCUCGGCGUCGAGUACUACCUGCACUACACGCUCGUUCUCGUCGUGCUGUCCGGAUUGCUGGUCCUCGGGUUCUACCACAUGAUGAUUCAGAGGUUCAAGGUGGAGUACUUCAGGAGGGUCACUGCGGUUGGCUACUCAUGCGUUGUGUUUGGCUGGAUGACAAUUCUGGCUGCCAAGCAACCGUCGUCAAAGCUGAAUCUCUUUGGGGUUCUCUCACUGCCCAUCAGCUUUGCGCCAUUUGAGUCACUGAUAUUCACAUCAAUCAUGGUGCCACAGGCUAGUUUCAUUGGCCACUUGUCCGGGAUAAUUGUUGGGUACUCAAUUGCCUGGGGUCUGAUUCAUGGGAUGAACAACUACUGGGCAAUCACCAUGCUCGGCUGGAUUGCACUUGUAUUUGUCUUGAGCUUGAAGCGCACAGGAUCUAUGGAGUUGAGUUUCAUUGAGAUCGAGCCAGUGACAGACCCCUCGCUGCCUUCUGUUGGUGUGGUUGCCCCCAGAAACGGCAGAACUCUGCAAAUGGAUGUCUUGCCUGGGAGAAGAGUUGCAGACAUUGUAUAA